AUGCCCAAGACAAGUUAUUUAGACAAAAAUUUCGAAUCAUCGCAUUACAAUGAUGUGCGUCCCUCUUAUCCCCUAUCUUUAGUCAAUGAAAUCAUGAAAUUUCAUGAAGGUCCGUGCAAAAGUUUGGUAGAUAUUGGAUGUGGUACAGGAAAAGCAACUUUCCUCUUCGAACCAUAUUUCGAGGAAGUCACUGGCGUUGACCCCUCUUCUGCCAUGCUCUUCAUUGCUGAGAAGGUAAAAAAUGAACUUAAAUUGAGCAACAAGAUCAAAUUUAUUAAUUCUGCUGCAGAAGACUUAUCCAGUAUUCAGCCAGAAACUGUGGAUAUGGUUAUCAGUGCGGAAGCUAUUCACUGGUGUAAUCUCGAGCAGCUAUUCCACCAAGUUUCCUCCAUAUUACGAAGUGAUGGGACUUUUGCAUUUUGGUUUUAUAUUCAGCCGGAAUUUGUGGACGUUGGUCCAGAAGCCUUAGACGUAUACUACAAAUAUGGAUGGAGCAAAAAUUACAUGGGUAGGUACCUGGACGACAACCAACGGGAAGUCUUGUUAAAUUACGGUGGUAAAAAACUACGUUCUUUAUUAUCAGACCAAUUCAAGGAUAUUGAGGUAACAAUUUACAGUCCUUCAGAUACUAAGGCAUCAACAGUAUCUGCUGAAAAAAAUCAGUUCCUUUGGCAAACAACUAUCACCUUGAAUCAAUUCAAAGAGUUUGUGAAAAGUUGGAGCUUAUACUCUUCUUGGACAAAAGAUAAUCCACAUGAGCCGGAUAUUGCGGAUACAUUCGUUAAUGAGUUGAAGGAGGUUUGUCAUUGUGAGAACUUGGAUGUUCCUUUGAAAGUAGAGUGGUCGACGUUUUAUUACUUAUGUAGGAAAAGAGAAUAG